AAUCACAUACUUGCGCAGAAACAGACAAAACAUGUUGCCAUAACUCAACGAACCAUCAAAGACAUCAAGAGACGGUCUCUUUCUCUCUCUGUCUCUAGUCUCUACUCUCGAACGGGCUAAGCUCAGAUCAUUACAAGAUUCGCUUUUGUGCUGAACUUGGUCCCAUUCAUUAGUUAUUUGCUUAAAGACAACAUUUUUAUAUGCUUCCGUUAGCUAAAUCCAUCACUCCCCCCUUCAAUCAUUUCCCUGCUCUGCUGGCCCCAGAAACAGCUUGCUAGGAUUCACUACGACGUCGUUUCGGGUUCGUCUCCAGCUGUGGAUAAUGGCUAUUCUCUGAAAUUGAUUCUAUUCACUAUUUUGUUACUGGGGAUUUUCUCAGCAAACCAAAACAGGAUUUAUUUUUUCUGGGGAUUUCUGAGAUUGGAAGAAAAUGUUCAGCUUUUCAAAGAGGCGCAUGAGACUUGGCAGAGUUAAGAAGGUACAGCUCUCGGAUUCUGUUCAAGGAUAUAAGAGUCCUUUACGAGUGACCAAACGCGCUGAUAGCUCUAGUAAUGAAGCUGCUGUUGCUGCAACUAGUUAUUCUGAUGAACUUGAUUUCCAGCCUUCAUCAGGGAAUUCCGAAAAUUGGAUGGUGUUAUCGGUUAAUGGCGAAAAACCCGCUCCACGCUUUAAUCAUGCAGCGGCGACUAUUGGGAACAAAAUGAUAGUAGUUGGUGGAGAGUCUGGUAGUGGCUUGUUGGAUGAUGUACAGGUGCUUAACUUUGAUUCAUGUACAUGGUCCACCGCAUCUUCAAAAGUUUACUUAUCGCCGAGUAGUCUUCCUCUCAUGAUCCCUGCUUGGAAAGGCCAUUGCUUGGUCUCUUGGGGUAAAAAAGUGCUGUUGGUGGGUGGAAAAACAGAUCCUAGCAGUGAUAGAGUUUCAGUGUGGGCAUUUGAUACUGAUUCGGAAUGCUGGUCACUAAUGGAUGCAAAAGGAGACUUACCGGUCAGUCGCAGCGGUCACACAGUGGUGAGGGCUAGUUCGGUAUUGAUACUAUUCGGUGGUGAAGACUCUAAGAAGAGGAAACUAAACGAUCUUCAUAUGUUUGAUCUCAAAUCAUCCACAUGGCUUCCUCUUAAUUGCACAGGAACACGGCCGUGUGCAAGGUCACAUCAUGUAGCCACGUUAUUCGACGACAAAAUUCUGUUUGUGUUUGGAGGUUCGGGCAAGAACAAAACACUAAAUGACUUAUACUCACUCGACUUUGAAACGAUGGUAUGGUCAAGAAUAAAGAUAAGAGGAUUUCACCCAUCACCAAGAGCGGGUAGUUGUGGAGUUCUUUGCGGUACUAAAUGGUAUAUAACCGGAGGAGGAAGCAGAAAGAAGAGACAUGCGGAAACAUUGGUCUUCGAUAUCCUUAAGGUCGAGUGGUCUGUAGCAAGCAUCUCCUCUCAAUCUUCUGUCACAUCCAACAAGGGAUUUAGUCUAGUUCUUCUGCAACACAAGGAUAAAGAUUUCCUUGUAGCUUUUGGAGGAACGAAAAAAGAUCCUUCAAAUCAGGUCGAUGCUUUUACCAUUGACAAGAACAAGAGUGAAUCACCAACACAUCCGCAAACAACUUCCAAGAAAAACCCCGGCCGGUUACUGUUUGGAAAAAGAUCUUCUUCCUCGGCAGUUUUAACCUCUGAUGAAUCGGUUAAAGCCUCUUCACAGAGGCUGAUUGAUUCAGUUGCCAGACAGAAACUUGCUUCAGCCAUUGAAGAGCAUGGUGGCUCUGGUAGAAGGUCUUUAUCAGAGAUUGCUUUCGGUGAUCAUCGUAACCCACCUUCUGGAAAUGUCUCUUUGCGUAAACAGUUUAGCACCGAAGAGGAAUACAGAGCGGUGAUUGAACCCGCAAAGUGUUCAGAAGAAGACAUUUCCGUGCCUCCUCCGACCACAGAUGACAAUACUGGAGGAGCAAAGAUUACAGCAGAGAAAACACUUUCUAUGGUUUCUGACCGUGAAAUCUUAAGUCUCCAGAAGCAAUGCUCUGAAACAUAUCCUUUAGAAAACGUUGAUGGCGCCUUGAUAUUCCAAGAAAUGGAUAAUAUCAACUUUGCAGGAUCAGCGUCCUCAUCGAGCGUGUACCAAUUCCAUGAAGCGAAAAUGACGGCUCUUAUAAGAAGAAAUGGGAUUCUGGAAGGGCAGUUAGAAGCAGCAUUGGCGGGAAGAGAGGCGGCUGAGAGGAAUGUGUCGGUUGCGUUGAGGAGCAAACAAGAGACUGAUAAAAAGUUAUCUGACGCCAUGAGAGAUGUUGAAUUGCUUAAGGAGAAGCUGACCGGGUUAGAGCUCGCUCAAGAGGAAGCUAAUAGUUUGUCAAACAUGGUUCACUCCGACAAUGUCAGGCUUGAGCAUGAUGUAGCGUUCCUCAAAGCUGUCCUAGACGAUACACAAAAGGAGUUGCAUUCAACAAGAGGAGUUCUUGCAGGAGAAAGAGCAAGAGCGUUCCAGUUGCAGGUUGAAGUGUUUCAUCUGAAGCAAAGAUUACAAUCUCUAGAGAACAGAGCUGCUACACCCAGAAAGCCUUUCCAUGUCUAAACACAGACCAGAGACAACACGAUAACUUUUAUGACUUCCAUUUUGUAGUACUCGAGACAUGACUGAAUUCAUGUGUGUUGUGGAGUAAUGUAUAAUAGAAGUGAAUUCAGAAAUGUCAAAAAUCAAAUCAGAUCCCAAGUAGAAUAAGACAAGUGACGAUAU